AUGAACUACUCUUUGGCCAACAUUUUCAGCUUUGCUCUUCUGGGAAGCGCCGCGGCAGCUCCUGGACUCGUUGGACAGCCCCACCUCCCCAAGAUCGUAUACCCUUCCAACGUUGGAUGUGGCGAUGUAAACGUUUUCUACACAGGACUUCCUGCAUAUCACCCCUACGUGAUUGCCCAGAAUGCGGAUGCAGUCGUGAUCGACAAGCAACUUCGCAACGACACUGCCGCCUUGGUGAAGGCCGGUUUUAAUGUUCGCAUCCUGUUCCAAGGUCCGGACCAGCCAGUGACUAGAAUCGGCGAGCGCUUGAACGGCACCGACUGGGGUGUGACUGGCGUAGGCCGGGGCCAAAGGGGCGCAACCAUUCUGGACGUCGUCACCCGCUUCGAAGAUAACCUUCAUCAAUGCCGCGAGAAUGCGCCGUUGACGCCAACUGUCUUCAACUGGGGCCCGACCACCUUGGCUGAGUCUGUGAUUCGACAUGUGCCUCUGAACGAGGAUUGCGCCACGAAGCCUGGAAAGCUGAUUGCUUACGAAGAAGUAUGCCCUCCUGAGCGUUGUGAGAAGGUGACUGUGGUCACCUCUGGCAGCUUGGAUGAGCUUCUGGCUGGCACUGACGGAUGA